AUGAGUUUUAGUAGAAUCGAUUUAUUUUCAAGCUCUUUCAAUUUUAAUAUAGGAGGAUCAAAUAUCUAAAAAGGAACAACAGCUGGAGUAAUUUUCACAAUAAUUGUUUUAGCUUUAACUCUUUCAUACUCUAUUUACUUAAUUGAGUUAUACUUCAGCAAUAAAAUUGAACCUGUUUAUAGGGCUUAAAAUAUCAUUAAUAAUUAAACGCAACAUAUAGAUAUAAACUCAAAUAUUUAUGCAAUUAUGAUUAAUUAUAGCGAUUCUAUGGAUGAACAGAUAUAAUAUACCUAUUCAUUAAUACGGGGUAUAUAUAAAAACGCUACAAAUACAUAGUUUGUAAAUAUUGUCACAAAAAAAUGUGAAGACCCAAAUUUAGGAGAAUAGUUUGAAUGUCUUGAUUAAAUUUAGUUUUUAGAUGAUGAUUCGAAAAAAGAUAUAUAGAAUUUUGAUUACAAUUACAAACUUUCUCAAAUUAGUAUGCUUAUUUUAAGUUGUUAAGAUUAAGACAAAUCACAACAACAAAAUUGCGCUAGCUAAUAGGAAAUAGAUAAAAUUUUAAGUGGUAGUGAAAUAGUAUUAAAAAUUUCACUUUCUUAUUUUGAUAUUUAUUAAAAAGAAAUGAAUUAAUCAUAUCAAACUUUUAAUAUUUUGAUUUCUUCAGAUUAAUUAAAGGCAUCUACUAUCAAAUAACAAAACUAGAAAACUACCAUAAAAGAUGGUUUAUUUAUUUAAUAAGAAUCAAGUUUUAUAAAGCCUUUUAACUAUAAUAUUGAUACUUAAAGCUUAAAUAAAUAAUUAAUGAUGUAAUAGCUGGGAUACGAUGUUUAUAGCAUUAUUAAUUUGGAAAUAGAUUAGAUUUAUUCAUAAAUAUCAAUUCAAUACCCAACUAUUCCUUCAGUUCUAGCUUUAGUUAAUAGCGUAUUUAACUUGUUAGUAUUUUUAGGUUUCUUUUUGAAGUUUAUAUCUUAAAGUUCUUUGCAGGAAGAUUUUUUUGUGAUUUUGAUAAAGAAUGUUUACUAAGACAUUUAUCAAUAGAUUUUAGAAUUAAAUAACUUAAAAAAAUCAAAUUUUUUUAUAAGCUAAUAAAAUACAUCAUUUAUUAAUAAUGAAAUGUAAAAUAUAUUAGACAAUUAAUUAGUAAAUAUAACAUGGAAGGAAAAAGAUAAGCAUUAUAAUUCUUAAAAAUUUGAUGAUUAAAAAUUAGCUUAAAACUAAGCUAUUAAAUAGUAAGAAAAUAGCAUAUUUCACUUAGAAAAGUUUACAACUUUUCCUUAAUAAGAUUAAUAAAUAUCUAUAAGUAUUACUUAAAAAAGUGAAUCUGAAAUUAAAAGCAGGAAGGAAAAUACAAAACUGAAAUUUUAAAAUAUAGGGCCUAAAUUAAGUUAUUCUAAUUAAUUAAAAUAAAAAGAUAACGACCAAUCCUUGAUUUUCUCAAAAGAUUGUUUUGAGGAAAGAAAUAAUGGUUAAGUAAGCUUCACUUUAAAUAACUAAAAUUAGCUUAAGUAGGAAUAAAAUAAAAUUUAAAAUAUAAAUCCAUAACAGCCUAUCAAAUAAAAACAUUAAGAUUAAUUUAUAAAAAAGCUAAUAUUUGGAUUUAGAAGUAAAGAUUUAAAAUCUUAAGGUUUAGAUCAAUAGAAUAAGCAAAAAAUUGAAGAGUAGCUGAUAAAAGAUUUAGAUAUUUUAUAAUUUUACAAAGAUAUAAUAUUUUUGAAGAAAGCAAUAAUGAUGCUCUUAACACAGGAUCAGUUAGCUUCUAUAAAUUUUAUUGGAUGUUCUAGCCAUUUAUUAGAUUAAAAAUAAUCGAUCUUAGAAAUUUAAACUGACAAAUUGAGUCAUUUAGAAUAACAAUUUUCUAUUAUAAAUUCAGACAAUCUACAAAAGAAUGUUGUGGAUAAUAAAAUUAGUGUUAAUAGAUUAAAGGCAAUCCAUGUAUCUUUUUGA